UCAAUUCAAUAAUAAAAGAAUUGAUUAUCUAAUUAAAUGUAUAAACCCCAAAGCCUGAAAGUGUAUUUUCCGCUACCAAACGCUGGAAGAAAGGCAAAUAGCAAACCUCACAAAGUAGGCAUUGCAAUGGCUUCAGGGGAGCAAAAGUCACCACCCCAAACCCAAAAGCUGCAAAUUUAUCCCAAUACAAAUUCUGGGGUCUCACCUUUCUGGAGAGAAAAGUAUGAAAGAGAGGCCAAGAGGUAUUGGGAUGUUUUCUACAAGCGCCACAAGGACAGGUUUUUCAAAGAUCGGCACUACUUGGAUAAGGAAUGGGGCGAGUACUUUUCUGGAGGAGGAAAGAAAGUAAUUUUGGAGGUUGGCUGUGGAGCUGGAAAUACUAUCUUUCCUGUGAUAGCAUCAUAUCCAGAUGCUUUUGUGUAUGCAUGUGAUUUCUCACCGCGAGCUGUUGAGUUGGUUAAGGUUAGAAACCUCCUUUUUGUAAUCUCUAUGUCCAAUCAUCAUCUAUUUCUAUGUGUUUGUAUGUGAUUGACUUGGUUGUGUGCUUCCUUAUUCAGUCUUUAUCUUGUGUGUAUCUUUAUUCAGUCUGGGCAAGUGUUAGUAAGAAGUCUCGUAUGCCGUAAAAAUGACAAUUUGAGCAAUAUAACAUAAUGCCUUAGGGUUUUGGGUUAUAUAUGAUAUCAACUUCACUUGUAUGAUUUACUUGUGGUCCAAUAAUGGAGAUCUCCCUUCUCUUUUUACCCUUUUCGAAUUACUUAAUA